AUGAGCGAAAAAUUGCCACCAGGUUUCAAAACAGUACUAUACCGAUUAACAUUCAUUACAUAUCAGGAACACUGUGUGCAGUAUGUGAAGACAUCGCUACUGGAAAACAUUACAGCGUUGCAUCGUGCAACGGAUGCAAAACUUUCUUCCGUCGAGCACUAGUGGUAAAUAUUCAUACAAAAAGUCUCCAGAAUUAACGGUUCGAAAAAUACUCAGGUAAAUCGUUUAUAAUCUAGCUAGCUAAUUCGCGUUUCUGACCGGACCUAGUUAGAUUGCUAAUUUACUGCGAUAAGAUUGCAAAUUCUUCUAACUAGACUGAUAAAUUUUCUAAUUAAAUUGUCAAAGGAAAAUUUUCCUAAUUAGCUAAUAAUAAUAACGAUCUAGAUCGCAAAAGAAUUGCUAUUAUAUUCAAAAUUCGUCUAAUUAGAUUAACCUUUCAGGCAAAUCUACCCAGAUUUAGUUUAAAUUUCAUUUUCAUUUAGCUAGAUUCGAAACUCGGUUUAGAUUGCGAAACCUCCUAACUAGAUUACAAACGAUUUGCCUGAGUAACCCCCAAGACUUGAUAAAAGUGAUGACUUUCUCUGGAAACUCGAUUGCAAUCUAAUUAGAAGAGUUUGCAAUCUAAUAAGAAAAAUCUCUAUUUCGCAAUUUAAUCAGAUUUAAUUGAAGUUCCAGUAAAAUCGUAUUAGAUUACAAUGUAUUUUUCCUGAAUUGCAAUCUAAUAGGAAACAAUUGCAAUCUAAUUAGAAAACAUUGCAAUCUAAUUAGCAAAAUUGCAGUGAUUGCAAUCUAAUUGAAGCAAAUUCUAUUUCAAACGAGUUCGUAUUAGAUUUCAAAGUUUUCUAAUUAGAUUGCGAUCGAGUUCUCAGAGUUCUGACAAACGUGUAGCAAAAUUUUCCCGAUGGGACAUACUGGGCUACAUUACCUGAUGUUACAGAAUAAUAGAGAGUUCAUAUGCCAAGGAAACAAGGAUUGCCCUGUAAACAAAGGGGUGAGAUGUGCGUGCCGAUAUUGUCGUCUACAAAAAUGUCUGACUGUCGGAAUGGACAAAAAUUGUAAAUGAGUUCAGAAAGUUUGACGCAACUUUUGAAGUUCAGCAAUUCAAAACGACAGAGAUAGAAUCGGUUACACAAAGAGAAAAAGGAAGAAUGAGGAUUGUGACAACACUGCUAAUGGAUCUCACUCAGAGAUGUUUAGGGAUGGAUCAUCUGGAAGUCCGCAAUUGAAUGAAGAUAGUCCUGAUAACGACACAAAAGAUAUAAAUAAUGAUCUGGUUCGUUAUUCAAUUAUCUGCAACGCACCAAAGCUAAUACUCAUAAAUAAGUUAUAGAUUAAGUUACAAAGUCACACGACUUUUGAAACCUCGGCCCGCUGCGCGGGCCGAGGUAACGCUCGAAAGCGACGACGCCGCUUGUUUCUUUCUUAUAGCCGUUCGGAAAUUCACGUUUUCUCAAUUUCUCCGUCACAAUUUUUCGUUUUAGAAAUGAAGUGGCGUACUGUUGAAAAAAGAGGUUCGACAUUCGAAUCGAAGUUGGCAGCGAGCCAAGGACACGCCCCCCAAACAGCGUGCGGCAGUUGCAGUGAAAACUGUUUGGGGGCGUGUCCUUGGCUCGCUUCCAACUCCGAUUCGAAUGUCGAACCUUUUCUUUUCAACAGUAAGCUUUUUAUUAAAUAAGAAUGAUGAUGAUAAGAACACGACUCUCAACCUGGGCCAAAGAGUUGCCGGACAAACAAAAAAAAAGAAAUUGACAGACUCUGUUAGCUUUUUAUUAAAUAAGAAUGAUGAUACUGUUGAAAAAAAAGGUUCGACAUUGGAAUCGAAGCUGGCAGCGUGCCAAGGCCCGGCCUCCCAAACGCAUAUGCUGCGCGCGAUUGUUGCAGCAUUGCCGCACGCUUUAUUGUUCUCUCUUUGUCUUUAUUUUUCGGCUAAAAAUCAGCAGAAACUUUGGGUUUUCCCAUUUUUUACCCGUAUUUAUUCAUUUCAAUCGUCUUUUGCUAUAAAAAAUCAACUUUGAAAACAGAUUUAUCGACUUUUAGCUUGAAUUUUCGAACAUUUCUCGAUUUCUGUUUUUCUCCUUUCGAUUUCGCUGAAUUUUGAGAAUUUUCAGGAUUUCCACCUACGGAAAAGUCGAAAAAGCAACAAAAGGGCAUGGAUUUCUUAUUUUCGGGUUAGUUUUAGACGUGACAAUAAUUUUCUCUCCGAUCAGCGUUUACAGACUCCACUCCUCCGCCGUCUUCUCCAUUCCGCCGUCAGCACACAACGGAAAGCUGAAGAAGCAUCUCCCGUUGGAUGAAUUGGCACUAAUAACAAUUAUUUUAGAUGUAUUUAUUACGUUUUCCAAUAAAUUAAAUGACAUGGCAAGUGUAGGAAUUUUAUUAUCAGUGAUAUUCUAUUUUCUUCUCCUUUUUUCCGGAUUGAAGCGUCCACGGACUCUGAAAAUACGGUCGGAGAGAAAAUAAUCUCGUUCUUCUUCAAGCUAGCACGACAGCUUUUUGUAUUCCGUUGUGUGCUGACGGCGGAGGAGUGGAGUCUGUAAACGAUGAUCGGAGAGAAAAUUAUUGUUACGUCUAAAACUAACACGAAAAUAAGAAAUCCAUGCCCUUUUGUUGCUUGUUCGACUUUUCCGAAGGUGGAAGACCUGAAAAUUCUCAAAUUCAGUGAAAUCGAAAGGAGAAAAACAGAAAUCGAGAAAUGGUCGAAAAUUCAAGAUAACAUAAAGACAAAGAGAGAACAAUAAAGCGUGCGGCAAUGCUGCAACAAUCGCGCGCAGCAUAUGCGUUUGGGAGGCCGGGCCUUGGCACGCUGCCAGCUUCGAUUCCAAUGUCGAACCUUUUUUUUCAACAGUAACGCUUCUGAAAUUCAUUCCGACUUGUGUGCCGGCCUAAGACAAAACUUCAAAACCUACAAAACCAAAACAAAGCCUGUAAAUUUAAUGUCGCUCUACCGUAAUCCCACUUGAAAACCCGGCCGCGGCACUGAAUUCACGCGGAGAACGGUAGAGAGUGAUUGCCACACUUCUGCGGCUGCAAUACCUAACGCGUGGGCGGUAAUUUAAGAAUGUUCAGAAUUGCUUGGAUCCUAUCGCGGAAAGAUUGACAUCAUUGGAAAACAAUUUCACGCUCCUUCUGAGUAGAUGUGAAGACGUUCGAUAUUACGCCACACUCGAAGAUGCUCUUAAUGCUCCGAGCAUCUUCAUGCAUCCUAUAUCGUGCGAAGUAUAUUUGAAAAACUUUGGCUUACUAUUAUAAUUUUCAAUUUCCAGUGGUCUGACUCAGUAGUAAAGACUACUCGUGACGAUAAAAUGCCAUUCUGGAGACAACGAUUAAUUGCUCUUUACAUAGAUUGGGCAAAAACCUUUGCCACUUUCCGAUCGCUGCCUUACACAGAUAAAGUGAGCCGCUUCAUUUCGAUGAAUCGUAAUGAAAUUUGUAGGUUGCGAUGGUCACAAACCAUGCUUCAUCGUUCAUGAUUAUGUGCGAAGCGUUCCGUACUCCUGAGCACAUAAAGUCCGAGGUAGUUCGCAAACGACCUGAUCUGCCUGCCAUUGUAUGUACGAACUCUGGGUCUGGCAGUAGUAGAGUUCCAUCAGCGGCAUGCAGUAGUAUCAGCGGAGGAAACAAUGAAGAGAUGAACGAAGAUUUGUCACACUUGCUUCACGCCGCUUGUAUUCAACAGUCUAUUAACAAAGGCAUUGUGUUUGGUAAAAAGUCCGGAACUGUAAUUACAGAAAAAGUAAUUUUUCCUCUAUCACUUAGGUAGGCUCUGCCUUUUUAACUUGACAUUUCAUUAAACAAAAUUUUUAAGUGAAAUAAAACAAGAGGUGAAGGAGAUACCGACAACGGAUGGCAUGAUACAACUCCCAACGGAAUAUGGUGAACUGCCUGCUGAUUACGCAUCUUGGAUUCCGCAUGACUAUGGUCAUCCAACAGCGGGGCACGAAGGAAAAUCAGACAUGCACAACUUUUUCGAGGCUAGAGAGUUUUGCGCGGUAAUUUGAAAUCGAGAAUUCUAUUAACACACCUUUACAUGAUGUAGGGACGUCCGGCUUCAUGCAGCACAAGCGAGCGUGCGAUGAAACCAGUAGCCCUUAUGGAACCACGAAUAGUUGCGUCAACAACUCACAUCAAGUAUUCAUUCCCCCAACAUAGUCAAUACUAAAAAGACAAUUUACAGCCCCUGCAGCAGUUCUAGUUUAUCCGGAAUAACUCCAGUUCUUACGAUGAUGAUUGAUUUGGUUAUGAAGCCUUUUCGACAACUUAACUUUUCAACAACAGAGUUCGCUCUUCUGCAAGCAAUAAUGUUCUUCGAUCCGGACACCGAGGGACUCGAUUCAGCAUCUCAGAGAAACGUGGUUGCGGAGCAGAAGAAAUUACUUGCUGUUCUUUUCCGUCAUCUACAGAAAGCAUACUCAUUUCAUGCUGCCAACGAGCGUUAUGCAUCUAUAGUUUUGAGAAUACCGUCCAUUAGAGUAAGUUAUUUCAUGUUCACUGAAAUUUGACAUAUUAUCGUUCUCAGAGAGCUGCAGCAAAAAAAAAUGAAUCUCUACAAGUCUUGGAUAUGCUGCAAAUGCACGAAAUGAAUUCUUUGGUUAAGGAGACAUCGCUAGGCCCGAGACCAUCGACAGUUCAACAAAGAAUGGGAAUUGGAGGCGGCGCUGGUGGUUGUCUCACAUUCUCAAGUGAACACACAGAAGAAGCUUGA